CUAACGUACUAAGUUUGAACUUCCUCAAGCCUAUGUUUGUUCCUUUCCAUCACAACCACUGGAUAUCUUCACAACUCCAUAUCCAUCCAUCAACAAAAGAUCAGACCUCCUCUUCUCCUCCCAUAGUGUGUUCUGCAGUCCUAGAUUUUCAUUUGAAGGCCUAGCGCAUAUACAUGAUUUCAGCAAUGACGCAGCGAAUUCGACCACUACUACUAGUCCUCUUCUUAGCCAUGGUCUCGAACUCGGUGGUGGUCUGCACGAGCCGCCAUCAGUACUGGAGACCGAGCGACGGGCCAGAGGGUGCGAGCUAUUGCCUGAGCUGGAGGCUAGCCGUGGAGGCUAACAACGUGCGUGCAUGGCGCACUGUGCCGACUCAGUGCUUGAGACACGUUGAGAGUUACAUGAUCGGUGGCCAAUAUGAUCGUGACAUCAAUUUCAUCAUAGACCACGUCAUUAGUUAUCUUGAUGGUGUGGAUCUCUCUAAUGAUGGAUUGGAUGCUUGGAUCUUGGACGUUGAUGACACCUGCAUUUCAAAUUUGAUUUACUACAAAGGAAAGCGAUUUGGGUGUGAUCCAUACGAUCCAGACGGUUUUAAGACGUGGGCUUUGAGAGGAGGGUGCCCAGCGAUUCCUGGAGUUUUACGAUUAUUCAACAAGUUGAUUAGUGACGGAUUUAAGGUGUUCCUUGUCACGGGUAGAGAUGAAUCCACGUUUGGUCAGGCUACUCUUGAUAAUUUGCAAAACCAAGGAUUCAUUGGUUAUCAAAGGCUGAUCUUGAGGAGUGCGGCAUAUAAGGGGCAGAGUGCAGUGGUGUACAAAUCAGAAAUUCGUGAACAACUAGAAGAAGAAGGUUACAGGAUUUGGGGCAAUGUGGGAGAUCAAUGGAGUGACCUUCAAGGGAAUUGCACUGGCAAUCGGACUUUCAAACUUCCUAAUCCCUUAUACUUUGUUCCUUAAUGAUCUAGUCAUGUGUAACGUUAAUAAUUUUGUAUUAAUAAAAAUGAUACAUGAUAUGAUAUAUUAUUAAUAAUGUUUUAUAAAUGAUGGGAGUUAAAAGAGAAGUGAAAUAAGAAAUAAAAGAGUUAAAAUGAA